AUGUCCUUACCCUCUUCCUCCGUCCCCCUUUCUUCACCCUCCUUCCCCUGUCCUGCCCACGCCCUGCUCAGCAUCACUCUGUCUGGCGCUCUACCCAGUGAUGAUAAAUCAUCAGGCCAGGGUGAGUCUCAUGAUCUCCUCUCCUCUUCUACUCUCUAGCCACUAGGUCUACACAGGAAAUCACAACUGGUCACAUUCACAGGAAUGACAUAUUACACAGGCCUAUCAGCUGUUAUAACAGCAUCGUCAUGGUACCCUUUCUUUCUUUCUGGAAUGUCCUGAUAGCUAUUCCUGGCUGCUGAUUAUCAUUCAUUUAUUACUGUCUUAUCACAGCACCGAGUUGCUCUCUUGGGCUCAUGAAUAUUCAAAUCAGGGGUUUAUUAUUGGUUUUCUGUCUGCAUGGCAUAAUGCAGCUCUCUUUCUCUUGAAGUGGAGUCAACCUCUUGUGUAGUAUCAGUUCCCUCUAUUACCUGUCGUAUAAAGGCCACACCUGUACAAUCUCUCUCUCUCUCUCUCUCUCUCUCUCUCUCUCUCUCUCUCUCUCUCUCCUCUCUCUCUCUCUCUCUCUCUCUCUCUCUCUCUCUCUCUCUCUCUCUCUCUCUCUCUCUUUCUCCAUCUUCUAUCACCUCUCCUACUUUCCCUCCUCCCUCUCCUCUUUCUACUCCAGGACUUUCCAGCAGUGCAGUUAGUUUAUAGUGCCCUCACUCCUUCACCUAUCUAUAUGUCUGCUUCUCUGUUUCCGCCUCACUGCGUCUCACUCUCUCCCCUAGCCAUGACGUCAUCCUACAUCCCCCCUACACAUCUGAGGCUCUCUUCUUCGCACUAUAUUUCUCUACCUCCAUUUUCCCUGUCUCUCCCACCUCCUUAACCCUCACUGUCUCUGGUCAUGAUGCCAUGCUUAGUACAUCCCUGCCACGGUUAGUACAUCCCUGCCACAACCACCCCCCACUCUUCUCCUCAUCCCUCCUUCUCCCUCCCUCUCCCCCCUCUCUCAGAGUCUCUUUUCCCUCCCUCUCCCCCCUCUCUCAGAGUCUCUUCUCCCUCCCUCUCAGAGGAUUAUCCCCCAACCAUUGAGAAACACACACACACACACACUCCCUCUCUCACACACACAUUCAUACAACCAUACACUGAAACACUCACACACUUCCACUCAACACGUUGCCUGGCCAGAAGUGUCUGUGCUCUUGGAUAAGACAGUGUCUACGUCCGUUGCCUGUGUGUGGUGUGAUGAUGCUUGCUCUGCUCUUUGAGAAAAUAGGGCUCUGAGCUGAACAAAAACAAAGGGGCGGGAGGCGGGAGGCGAGAGAGGAGCCUAUGUGCCUCAGAGCUGUAUCUGUAGCUAGCCGUCACAGCUCACCCUGCUAAUGGAGGAAUGGGGGUAAGGCUUUUGUUGCUAUGAUGUAGUGGAGGGAGGCCUGCAUUCUCCAUCAUUUGGGGUGCAGUCAUUUGUCUUGAUUACAGCCUAGAGUGGUUUCUCACUGUCUGAUUAAUGCAGUCGGUUGAUGUGCUGGUGUGUUUGAGGUUGAUGUGUCUUUGUGUGUUUGAGGUUGAGGUGUCUGUGUGUGUUUUGAGGUUGAUGUGUCUUUGUGUGUUUGAGGUUGAGGUGUCUGUGUGUGUUUGAGGUUGAGGUGUCUGUGUGUGUUUGAGGUUGAGGUGUCUGUGUGUGUAUAUUUGGUUGUGUGUGUGUGUGGAGAUGGAGAGAUGGAGGUGCAUGGUGUGCUUAGCUUACGAGUAUUAAUGAAAUAUGUGUUGUGAUCGUCUUCAUAGUGUUGCAGCGGAAUGUAGAGGAGAAGGGAACUUCAUGUUCCUUUGAUGGUGAAUUUGAUAAAUCAGAAUGAAUGGGUUUUUAGUGUUUUUGUCACCGUAGGUGUGUGCAACAGUAUAUGUGGACUACAUGUGUUAUGUUGGGUAAAAGGGUAGUAGGCCCUAAUACAUUUCAAUUAUGGUCAAUCAAUUUCAAUAUUGAUAUCUGUACAUAUUACAAUGGUUUAUGACAGACAUAAUUUAAAAAUAUGCUGUCUGUCAGAAAGCUAGUUAUGGGUGGGGAGGUGUGAGGUGGUGUGUGUGUGUGUGAGUGUCCUACCAUCUAGCCUUGUUCAUAGAGAGGGCUGUCCUACACUAGAACAAAAGCCUCCUCUUGUGAUUUGAUGGAUUAACCAACUGUAGUGCACAUCCAGCUCUCACACUUUCCCAUGCAGCCAAAGCCCUUUUUUCAACCAAAGCCGUUCUGCUCAUGUUUUGUCUGGGUGGAAACUGAAUUUUUUGAGUAUUUAUCCCUCUCUUUCUCUCGCUCAUUUUCCUUCUCUCCUUCUCCCAUUGUCAAAAGUAUUCUUCCACCCCAUUGGUUUAGGGCGGCUGAGUGACCCAAAUACACAUGCAGUGCCCUCCCCCCCUCCUCCUCCCCCUGACCCCCACACUAAAGUGGAGCCCUCUAUUGUUUUCAACGUGUCUCUCUCACACAGCACUGCUGGGCCUCAGUCCUCAGGAAUGGAAUAGAUGCAAGAUGUAUACAGGGCUUGGUGAAGAUGUGUUAUUAUUAUUGUUAUUGCCCACUGCUGCCAGGCAAUAGAGAGACAAUGCUGUGGCUGCUUUACAGUACGCCUGUCUGUCUCUCAUGGACAUUCCCCUAGCCAGGGUUGGUGUUAGCGCUGUGAGGCUCUUGGAUAGGAGGGACCUGCUUGAGAAAGAUAACAGUCUAAGCCAGUGUAUCAGAAAUCAACAAAGAUCCAUUGGUCCCCGGGAAAGCUGACAGAAAAGAAUGCUUGUGAGUUCUGAUGGAGGCAUGAAGCUAUUAAGUGUUGGAAACCAUACGGAACUACAGAUCUUUGUUCCAAUUCACAGUGACUCACCGUCUUGUCUCCAACCCCACUUCAUAGACCCUCUGACUCUCCACUCACUCUCAGUGUGCUCCCUUCUCUUUCCCUUCCCUUGAGCGUGGGCUUGUUUCCCAUCUAACAUGAUGCUGUAUGGCAGGCAGCUCUGUGUUCCACAGAACAGAGGUAGGCGCUCGUCGAGCACUGUCUGUCUAACUCAACCUAGGCUCAGCUCUCUCCGACGGGACUGAACAGAUUCUGUUGUAUAUUAACCUCGCAUGUAAGGGUUACACUGCGGUAGUAGUGAAGACACACGACUGGGAAUGAGACUAGCUGUGUGUGUGUGUGUACAAGGCCUUCCCCGGUGAGGAACAGUUAACCCAAAGUAAGCUAGCAGUGUUAUUAAAAGUCUUAUUGAAACAUUCCGUGAAAGUUUUAAGGAAGUUAUUCAAAAACCUCCAAAUAACCUUUAAAUUCUGCUUAAAAUAAUCACAACAUUUAGGGAAUGUUCACAGAACGUUAUUUAAUUACCUUCAAAUAACCUAUAAUUUCCAUUUUCAGAACGUUAAUAAAACCUUCCAGGAAAACUUUCAAGGAACCAUAGUAAAACGUUCUCAGAACCUCCCUGCAACCUAAAAAUGGUUGUUCCCAGAACAGGCAACAUUUCACUUCACAACAUUUUCGUUUAAAAAACGUUCAGUUUUACCGGUCAGGAAACGUAUGGCUUUGUUCCCAGAACCAAUGGGACACCAAAAAUGUACAUUCCCACAACUACCAAGGAACCAAAUGUGUUAGCUGGGUACGGUCGACUCAUCCACAAUGCAAGGGGCCACAUCAGUGAUUCCUUUAUUAACAGACAGACAGUGCUUUAUUAACAGAUAACUCAACCUUGUCUUGGCACAAUGUCUGUGUCCAUUCUCAGGAUGAGCAACUUGAUCACUUACUUAAUACUACCUCCUGUAUUUGAAACUGGUAGCUUGCCUACUGAGGGAGGACAGUAACUGAGUAAAACGGUUGUUUUCUGUUGCUCUUGUCAUUAGUUCUCUCACAUCUUUUACGUCUGAAUAAUAAUAUAAUAUGCCAUUUAGCAGACGCUUUUAUCCAAAGCGACUUACAGUCAUGCGUGCAUCCAUUUUUUGUGUAUGGGUGGUCCCGGGAUCGAACCCACUACCUUGGCGUUACAAGCGCCGUGCUCUACCAGCUGAGCUACAGAGGACCACUGAAUGAUAUUACAAAAUAAAGGGAACAUUAUGUUCACAUGGAUUAAGAAGGACCACUUAAAUAGUUGGUUUUUAAUUCCCACACGCAAUCUCUGAAAUGGCCUCUCGCCGUAUUUUUUGUCGUUUGGAUAAAAGUAACCGACCACAUUAUAUUGCUAUUAUUGAUGAUCCUCUCUCUCCUCCCCUCAGUGCAUGAAGACCGUGACUGCUGUAGACUCCCACAACCUCCUCAAGCCCUCUAGGAUCAUGUCGGGCGCCUACGAUGAGUCGGCCAGCCAGGAGGAUGGCACAGACAGCUUCUGGGAGGUGAGAACAGACCACAACUGUUUGCCUCAAGAGAUACAUUCAUAUGAAGUCAAACAGGCAUCCCUUUAAGUGGAACUGGGAUUUGAACCAGUAACCCAGGUGUCCACACUCUGCAGUCACUGCAUCACCCUCCUAUGGCUUUGCGGCAGAGCUGGCAGCGUGACAGGCCACUGACUAGGGCUGCUGUUGUAGAGGGAUUGUAUGUCUUUGUGUGUCUGUGUGUGUGUGCAUGAUACAGUAUUCUACUCUAGGGGCUACUGCUGCUGUAGAUUACACAUGUGACAGGUGACAGGAACGUCAGUAUGACGUCUUAUUCUGGUCAUAAAUGUCACGAGAAUUUCUAUCUCCAAUUAAACCUAAGCUUGAAUCAUUACCAGCGGUUGUAAGGCUCUGGUUUUAAUCAUGAAUAAUUCAAGGUCCACAACCAGCAAGAAUGAUCUGUAUUAUUUAAUCAUGGAGAGCUCUCCCGCCAAAACACAUAACCAGCCUUUAUAUAUGCUUCACACAAAGGAACUUUGCUCCGCCCACCUUUAGGCGGCCUUUAACCAGUUUCUCAGUCCCCUUCAUCCUGGAAUGUUUGUCUCAGCAGGUUCUAACUCACCCCCUCUGUUAGUGGGUUUAUAAUGAUAACCCUAACACAGUUCACACAGUCAUCAUCAGUAUUGGGGUUAACAAUUUUAGUCAUAAUCAUAAUUUCUCUAUCAGUAAACUAGUUGAAAAGGGAAGUAUUUUUACUGACCAGAAUUCCAUAUUCUUUUGACCACCAUACGACCAGUUGGUCAUAAUUGUAAUCUCUAUCUGACCAGCUGGUCAUAAUUCAUACAUUUGGAUAUUGAAAACAUUGUUCAUUACAUUUAUAUUUGUUUCCAUAGGCACCAAUAAAGUUGAAAUCUACAACAUAUUCUUACAUUUAAAAUAGAUCAAGUAAUGGCAAAAACAAAUCUACAUCACAAUUUUUUGCACAGCUGCAUAAAGUAAGGGACAGAUUGAAAUGUACUGGGGGGGGGGGGGGGGGCUGGUCCAACUCAAGGUGUCAUUAAAAUAAAUGCACCCCCCUCCCCAAAGUUACAAAUAUUUUCACAUGACCCUCCCAUUGUACUUUCAAAUACAUUUAACACCCUCCCCCCUCAUAUAAUUAAUUCAAAAUAAUGUUUAUGACCAUAAAUAACAGAAGGGAAGGGGGAUACCUAGUCAGUUGUACAACCGAAUGCGUCUUCCGCAUUUAUUGACAUCCACGUCAUCGGUUCCCGGGGAACAGUGGGUUAAAUGCCUUGCUCAGGGGCAGAACGACAGAUUUGACCUCAUCUGCUCAGGGAUGGGGAUCCGAUCCAGCAACCUUUCCGUUACUGGCCCAACGCUCCUACCCGCCAGGCUACCUGCCGCCCCAUAGUGACCCUGUGUUUAUAAAUAUGGAUAUCGACUUUGCCACUUCAGCAUGCUUUUGUGGCACAGUCGAUGCCACGCAGGGCUACAGGCCAGAAGGUUGAGGAUUCGCCAACCACCACAGACAAGCUCACUCUCGAUGCCUGUUUCAUUACACUACAAUCAGAGCCGGCUGCAGACAAUGAUCAGCUAGGGGGAAAUCAGAUUUUCAACAUUUUGAUGCCAUAUUUUUAUAAAAUACAGUAUAUGCAACGAAUUUUCCACCAACAGGUUUCUGUGCCAAUGCACCACACAACCAAUAAACAAAGCAUAUUGACUUUGGUCACUUCAAUAUCAUGGUUUCCGAAUGUCAUUAAACUUUUUGUGUUCUGUAACAGACUCUUUCCUUUCAUCAAUUGGCCGCUGCACAGUUUGGAUUUAUUGAUUGAUAGAUUUUAUUUGUCAGUUAAAAAAUACAUAUAUACAUAAAGAUUUUUUUAAGUGACCAGGAUUGCACAAUAAAGUCUGGGACUUAUUUCCGUUGUGGGUUGUGGGCCCAAUUACAUAGAUACAGACACAUUACAGAGAUGGAGACAAAAAAAUGCUCAACCUCCAGAUGAGUAUGAGGGGGGAGUUCAAGUACAAUUCUUAUAAGCUUGUUUGGCUGGUAGCUUAUUCUUUAGAUGUUUGGGGCUGCUGGUGAUGUGCAGGCAUAAUCAAAGUGACACUGGACUAGCGCACUUGCUAGAGUCUUUAGGGUGUCUAUAGCCCACAAACACUAAGCACAUGUUUAUAUAGAUUGGUGUCUACUAAUUUAGUAGCAUUUAAGAUAACUGGUCAGUAGUUCAAUCAGAUUUAAACCAAAAACCAGAUAUCAACUCAAAUCAGACGUAUUUUUCAUGAUGUAAAAAGACAUCAUGUAAAAGACGUCUUAAUCUGGUUGUGAUCUGGUUAUAGGACGUCCCGACCAGAUUCCAACCAGAAAAAUACGUCUUUAACAUGUCGUAUGCCCACUGGGAUAAGGAUUCUCGCUUUAAGGUGACACGCUACAUUUCUAAAGCUGAUUUAUGCUUGAUUCGGCAAUGCGCUCUGUAAGGAGGGUGUGCCACAAUUGCAGAGCCUCCGGAGGCUUGCAGAGGCCAAAUCAAGCUCCGUACCGCAUCCCAAUGCGCCUAACAAAUUUGGUAAAAAUGCGGAGAACUCCGUAUAGCUCCGUAUAGCUCCGCAUUGACAUGAUUGGUUGACGGUAGCUGGGGGCGGUACGUCCUGUGUAAACACAAACUCACUUCCUUGACAACUUCCUUCAAAACAGCUCUACUCCGCGAAGCGCAAGAAGUAUGAAUGCCCUGACUUCUGCAGAGUCCUUAUCACUGUAAAUGCUGUAUGGCCAAUGUAGAUACCGGAAUGACCAUAAAUCGUCUUUUAAGGUGGAAUGUGUUGAAGGUAAUUGAAAUGCCUCUCAUUCUGGUGCCUAUGAAAGGUGGGGAACUACAAGCAUGCUGUGAAGCGGAUUGAUGAUGGCCACCGGCUCUGCAAUGACCUGAUGAACUGUAUACAAGAGCGUGCCAAAAUCGAGAAGGCCUACAGCCAGCAGCUGACCGACUGGUCCAAGAGAUGGAGACAGCUGGUGGAUAAAGGUACGAGGGGAGGAGGGGAGACGUAAACUCAGCAGCUCACAGUGCUUUGGAAGAGUUAUUGCCACCUGUAGGUGCCCAGUAUGCAAAAUUACGUUGAAAAGAUGUCUAAAAUAUGUAAAUAUUUCCCAGACGUUGAAGUUAUGUUCAUUUUAGGUUCGGAAUAAAAGGUGAAAAGACGUCUUUUCCAGACCUUGAAAAUAUGUAUUUUCCGGACGUUGACAUCAGGUUCAUUUUCAGUUCUGAAUGAAAGUUAAAAAUACAUAUUUUUCGGACAUUGAAACUAUGUAUUUUCCGGAUGCGCAAAAUAUGUAUUUUCCGGAAGUUGAAAUCAGGUACAGUGGGGAAAAAAAGUAUUUAGUCAGCCACCAAUUGUUCAAGUUCUCCCACUUAAAAAGAUGAGAGAGGCGUGUAAUUUUCAUCAUAGGUACACGUCAACUAUGACGGACAUAAUGAGAAAAAAAAGUCCAGAAAAUCACAUUGUAGGAUUUUUUAUGAAUUUAUUUGCAAAUUAUGGUGUAAAAUAAGUAUUUGGUCACCUACAAACAAGCAAGAUUCCUGGCUCUCACAGACCUGUAACUUCUUCUUUAAGAGGCUCCUCUGUCCUCCACUCGUUACCUGUAUUAAUGGUACCUGUUUGAACUUGUUAUCAGUAUAAAAGACACCUGUCCACAACCUCAAACAGUCACACUCCAAACUCCACUAUGGCCAAGACCAAAGAGCUGUCAAAGGACACCAGAAACAUAGACCUGCACCAGGCUGGGAAGACUGAAUCUGCAAUAGGUAAGCAGCUUGGUUUGAAGAAAUCAACUGUGGGAGCAAUUAUUAGGAAAUGGAAGACAUACAAGACCACUGAUAAUCUCCCUCGAUCUGGGGCUCCACGCAAGAUCUCACCCCGUGGGGUCAAAAUGAUCACAAGAACGGUGAGCAAAAAUCCCAGAACCACACGGGGGGACCUAGUGAAUGUCCUGCAGAGAGCUGGGACCAAAGUAACAAAGCCUACCAUCAGUAACACACUACGCCGCCAGGGACUCAAAUCCUGCAGUGCCAGACGUGUCCCCCUGCUUAAGCCAGUACAUGUCCAGGCCCGUCUGAAGUUUGCUAUAGUGCAUGUGGAUGAUCCAGAAGAGGAUUGGGAGAAUGUCAUAUGGUCAGAUGAAACCAAAAUAUAACUUUUUGGUAAAAACUCAACUCGUCGUGUUUGGAGGACAAAGAAUGCUGAGUUGCAUCCAAAGAACAACCAUACCUACUGUGAAGCAUGGGGGUGGAAACAUCAUGCUUUGGGGCUGUUUUUCUGAAAAGGGACCAGGACGACUGAUCCGUGUAAAGGAAAGAAUGAAUGGGGCCAUGUAUCGUGAGAUUUUGAGUGAACACCUCCUUCCAUCAGCAAGGGCAUUGAAGAUGAAACGUGGCUGGGUCUUUCAGCAUGACAAUGAUCCCAACCACACCGCCCGGGCAACGAAGGAGUGGCUUCGUAAGAAGCAUUUCAAGGUCCUGGAGUGGCCUAGCCAGUCUCCAGAUCUCAACCCCAUAGAAAAUCUUUGGAGGGAGUUGAAAGUCCGUGUUGCCCAGCGACAGCCCCAAAACAUCACUGCUCUAGAGGAGAUCUGCAUGGAGGAAUGGGCCAAAAUACCAGCAACAGUGUGUGAAAACCUUGUGAAGACUUACAGAAAACGUUUGACCUGUGUCAUUGCCAACAAAGGGUAUAUAACAAAGUAUUGAGAAACUUUUGUUAUUGACCAAAUACUUAUUUUCCACCAUAAUUUGCAAAUAAAUUCAUAAAAAAUCCUAAAAUGUUAUUUUCUGGAUUUAUUUUUCUCAUUUUGUCUGUCAUAGUUGACGUGUACCUAUGAUGAAAAUUACAGGCCUCUCUCAACUUUUUAAGUGGGAGAACUUGCACAAUUGGUGGCUGACUGAAUACGUUUUUUCCCCACUGUACAUUUUCGGUUCUGAAUGAAAGUUGAACAGAUGUCAUUUACAGACAUUGGAAAUACGUAUUUUUGAAGUAAGCAUUAUAAAAAUUAUAAUAAUACUUUUCUAAUCCAUUUAAUCUUGGAAAGAGGAGCCAACCGAAGAUUGCAACAUAUAAUAUUUAUUAUUGCUCCCUUCUGUCACAAGCACUUAUGUUAGCUUUUUCAAAAGCUUUAAAACUGGCAGCAAUGAUGUUCAAAGUAGUCCAACCUACUUUUCUUCUUUGUUGGGGUUUUAUGGCAGUGCAUACCAAUAUUAGAUGCAUUACCGCCACCUACUGGGCUGGAGUAUGGUGGAGACUAUGGAGGUGUUCUACACUCUGCACUGUAAUCUACAUGAAUGGAGGAAGGAAAUUAUUGCUGAGUGAAUAAAAGUUUGUUCUGGACUAGGUCUGUGACGGUCCCGAAAUUUCGUCAGCCGGUGAUUGUCAAGCAAAUAACUGCCGGUCUCACGGUAAUUUACCGUUAAUUGACAAACACAUUUAGCAUCUCCUGGCUUCCACACAUAGCCUACAAGCCACUGAUGCAGACCUUUGGAACAUCUACAUUUUUAAAAAGUCUAAUAAAUCCACCUUCACAAUAAACACCUUCACAAUAAAUCCAUUAGUUAUUUUAGACAGGUCUAAAGAAGCAUAUUUAUGAGGCAAAUGUAGUCUAUUUCAGAAGAACAGAAUAGCAUACUCUGAGUUGUCGUUAUGUUAGGUCCUCAUCUGGCUAUGCCAUAUGGCUGUGGGCUACACUAGUUCAUUUAGCAGACAAGAUUUGGUUAGAAUUCCGUGGCAUUAUUUUAUAUUUUUUUAUAAUAUGAAGAACACAAUUGAACAAAGCUGAAUAAAAUAGAAAGGAUAUUUUCUCCAAACGAUUUGAGGGAGUGUGCACAUGUGGCUAUUCUGUGUUGAGCGGUUAACAAAGAAAUAGGUACUCCUAUAUGCUUAAUUUAGAGUUAUUAAUGUAACUUUAGUUGUUCUACAAACAUUGGGCUAUAUUCUUUGAUUUCUAAUACAUUGUAAGGCUGCAUGAUUCGACUCUAAUGAUGAUUUGAAAAAAGUUGCAUUAAAAGCAUGAGCUCUACUUUGUUUUUUGAGCAGGCUGUACACACUUCAUCAGUCUCUCAUUUACAAUUUGACAAGCACUUGAUAAUUCCGUUAGAAAAUCCAUGCCUUUUGUGGCCUUUUGUGGCCGUUGUGCCCUUCUCCCUGAGUGCUGCGUGCUCCGAAGCAACUCUCACUCACAUGGCUCUCCAUCACGUGAUCGGAUCUUUCUCACAGGCUACAAGUGAAGACAGACACAUCGGGGACGCAACUGCGCGCGUACUUAUCCAAAUUCCAGAGGUGCAUAUUGAAGAUAUUGGAAGAACUGUCCACAUUUACUUUUCGUCAGCCAACAAGAUGAGUAGGCCUAAUGAACAACAAAAGCACUAGCCUAUGUCAAUCUACUAUCCCCCAUAUUACAAGAGUUGACCUAUUCUAUUCUGUGCGAGAAAAAAAUAUAUUCCAAACAUAGUCUGGGACAGUUGGGGAUGCGAAAGAUCCCAAAUUAAUACAACCACUAGCAUCAAAAAAACUUUUUUUACACCAUGAGGCUGACGCAACAGAUCAGAACAUUUAGCUUAAAAUGUUGAUAAACUAUUAGGCUAUUUCUUCACAUUAUAAGCGCAAAUGUUCUAUUAACCGCAAAUGCGAUUAUGCAUGCUUUAAUAUAAAGGUGCGUUUUUAUGGUGAAAAUUGUCUCCCCAAACUUCAAACUCAUGCGCUGCUUUUGUAUGCCAGUUAGGCUCUACACCCCUUGUAAAUUGGAUUAAUGUGCUGAAUUUUAAGAAGUUAUUUGGCCACUUUAUUUGUGAUACAAACCUUAUCAAAACAUAUAGGCCUACGGGCAAGGCUACAUGAGGUGGGUGAUUAUGAUUAGGAAAAAAAGGCAUUGUUUCUUGCCUUAUGCUGGGCAUCAUUCACAAGUGAUAAUAUAUAAUUCACAAGUGAUAGGCUAAUAUUGUCACCCAUCAGACUAUUCUUGAUUUAAUCUUGUCUUUACAUAUACUAAAUAAUAUAUGUGUGAAAUUUGUUUUGAUUUAGAAUGGACCAUUAUCAUGCACCUGUUGCGAAACAGGGGCAGCGGGAAAAAAUACAUGUCAUCUAUGCACUUAAAUAGCGAAUGGAGGACGCUUUUCCCGUGGGUGAUUUUCAUGCCAGCCAGGUAGGCUAUACUCCUGUUGUAAAGAGAAGCAAUGUGCUUAAUAUUAGGAAAGUUGAGAAUAGCCUAUAGAAAGCUGAUGAGAUCCUCCUCUCUUUAAUAUUGGCCAUCACCACACUGUUUUCUCACACAAUUGCACAGCCUAUAGAAAUGUUGCGCAACAUGAGCUCAUGGGCUCUCAUGAAGUGUUAUAUUUUUCAAAUACAUUUGCAUUGAUGUCAGAGUGAUUAGAGGGACAAUAGAGUGCUGAGUACCAGGCAGCUAGCAAGUUUGGUAGGCUACUAAUGACCAUCAGCAGCAUCAUAGCUCGGAGAAGCCUAAUUAGUGGAAUUUGACUGCCUUCAUGACUUGUGACCGCCAGGUUUGGCUGUAAUACGGUCACCGUAACAGCCCUAUUCUGGACAGGUUUUUAGGAAGUUGGGGAGGGUGAAACCUAUUCACAGGGAUGUGAUCGUUCUUCUGAGCAUUUGCCUUUGACGUUCGUAGGUUUGACAGUGAAAGAGGACGUGGUCUGUAGUUUCUGCUGCAGGACAGUUGGGACAUGAACCUGUUUUGUGUUUUCCUAUCUUAUGGAGACAGUGGUUGAGGCCGUUGUGGCCUAUUCGCAGAUGGGUGAUGAUGGUUUCUGAUCGUCUUGAAAGUCCUUUGUGGUUAUUGCUGAUUGAAACCAGGUCUGGUCUACUGCGGGUGGCCUGCUGCGGGUGUGCGAGAGCAUGCCCCCAUCCACAUCGAUGGGCCUGUAGUGGAGUGGGUAGAGAGCUACAAGUUCCUUGGCAUCCCACAUCACUAAGGACUUAAAUGAACGUGGUCCACACACACCCACAGAGUCGUCAAGAGGGUACGACAGCAGCUCUUCCCCCUCAGGAGGCUGAAAAUAUUUGGUAUGGGCCCUCGGAUCCUCACAAAUAUCUACAGCUGCACCAUCGAGAGCAUCUUGACUGGCUGCAUCACCGCUUGGUAUGGCAAAUGCACCUCAGUUGACUGCAAAGCGCUACAGAGGGUGGUGCGGACAGCCCAGUACAUCACUGGGGCCGAGCUCCCUGCCAUCCAGGACCUCUAUAUCAGGCGGUGUCAGAGGAAGGCCCAACUCCAGCCACCCAAGCCAUAGACUGUUCACUCUGCUCCCGUCCGGCAAACAGUAGCAGAGCAUCGGCUCUCGGACCAACAGCUCCGAGACAGCUUCUACCCCUAAGCUAUAAGACUGCUAAAUAGCCAUAAGACAAAAUAAUUAAUUAAAUGGUUACCCAGACUAUUUGCACUGACUCUAUGCACCAGUGGAGGCUCCUCAUGGGAGGAAGGGGAGGACCAUCCUCCUCAGUGAAUUUCAUACACUGUAACGCUACUGCAUGAUUGUAGUGGGUUUACUAACGCAUUAGUUCUAUUAGCUAUGUUGACUAGGACGUUACUUUAGCUAAUAUGUGGACAACGAUGUAGGCUGUGUGUAGCGGUUAUGACAUGGAUUGGAAAGGUUUUUUUCGCCUGGUCACAUACAGCUGAUGUGUUGUUCAUUGAAGUCCACAAAAGAAGGGAAAAGGUGAGAGGAGGAAAGUGCAUAGAGGCCAGAAUGAAUACAACGUGGCUGCUACGUAUAAAAGUGAACUGUUGAAAAACGUUUCUUAAACGGAAGCAAAUGAAACAGGGAUAAAAAAUACCUCAAUUUGUCUAAUAGAAACUCUUGUUUGCAACUGUUGGACUAAUGAUUACACCCUAGAUAAGCUAGAUGCAGGCAAGAGUGUGCAAGUCAGUAUUGAAUGUGUCACUGUGUGUCAUCUCAAAUUUCUCUCUCGACCUGUGUGCACCUACGUUGUAAACUUUCAUUCAUAGGCUAGGUUGUAGCAACCUCAUGAUGGGUAUAGGGAAAAUUAGAGUAUCAUGUAGUAGCCUAAACCUAUCGAUGUUACAUUGAAGUGGGUGAAUGGAAUAUGAAUGACAGUCAUCCAACAUGCUGUAAUAGAAAUAAAGCCAUGCUCAUUAAAAAAGAAAAUCGUCCUCCCUCAUCAUAAACGGCACUGACCGCCACUGCUAUGCACACUCACAAGACUAUACACUCAGUGGCCAGUUUAAUAGGUAUACCACCCCAUUCACAGUGAGUCAAGUGGCCGCGGCUUGCAAUAUAAAGCAGGCAGGCGUCCAGGCAUUUAGUUACGGAUUCGAUUGAACCUUAGAAUGGGUAAAACCAGGCGCGCCACUUCCAGUAUCUCAGAAACGGCCAGCCUCCUGGGCUUUUCCCGCAUGACAGUCUCUAGGGUUUACAGAGAAUGGUGCGACAAACAAAAAACAUCCAAUCAGCGGCAGUCCUGUGGGCGAAAACAGCUCGUUGAUGAAAGAAGAAGAAUGGCAAGAAUCGUGCAAUCUAACAGGUGGGUCACAAACAGGCAAAUAACAGCGCAGUACAAUAGUGGUGUGCAGAACGGCAUCUCGGAACACACAACUCGUCGGCCCUUGUCACGGAUGGGCUAUUGCAGCAGACGACCACACAGGGUUCCACUCCUAUCAGCUAAAAAACAAGAAGAAGCUGCUCCAGUGGGUACUUGAUCACCAACACUGGACAAUUGAGGAGUAGAAAAACAUAACCUGGUCCGACGAAUCCUGGUUCCUGUUGCGUCAGGCUGAUGGCUGAUUCAGGAUUUGCCGUAAGCAGCAUGAGUCCAUGGCUCCAUCCUGCCUGAUGUCAACGGUACAGGCUGGUGGCAGUGGAUAAAGGUGUGGGGAUUGUUUUCCUGGCACACAUGAUGUCCCUUGAUACAAAUUGAUACAAAACGUUUGAACGUUUCCGACACCUUGUAGAAUCAAUUCCCCAAAGAAUUCAGGCUGUUCUGGAGGCAAAGGGGGGUCCGACCCAGUACUAGAUAGGUAUACCUAAUAAACUGGCCAGUGAGUGUAUAUAGACACUAUAUAGACACUCACUCACACACUACUGCUCGACUUUUAUAUGGCUAUUUUGCGUGGAAUUAUGACUUUGUUUUCUCAGAAUGUUCGUUCAAAAAUGUCCUAUGAUCGACAAACACUUCUGGAUCAUGAAUGGGAAGCUACACACUUAUCUCUCAGCCAGAUCUGGAAUACUACAUUCGCUCCUUUGUUCCCCGCACAGCGGGCUUACUUGUUGCUACUGACAAAGAUGACCGAAAGCAAUGCCGGCGACGAAGAAGAGGAAGAAAAGGGGGACUCAAAGCUCGCCGGAAAAGACAUGCUACACAGCCUCCUCUUCCUAGUAUCCUGAUGGCCAAUGUCCAAUCGCUGGAAAAUAAAAGUUGUGAACUCAGAGCAAGGCUUCAAUCGCAGAGGGACAUCAGGGAAUGCUGUGUUUUUACAGGGACAUGGCUUAUAGACGAUACACUUGACUCUGCUUUUCAACCAGACGGUGUUUCCAUUUUACGUAUGGAUCAAACGGCAGCUUCAGGUAAGAGUAGGGGGGAGGGGUAUGUUUCCUCAUCAACAAUUCCUGGUGUACCGAAGUUGAAAACAUCUCGAGCUUCUGUUCACCCGACCUGGAGUUUCAGAUGCUAAAAUGCAGUUAACGUGUGUUAUUAUCACAGCUGUGUACAUACCGCCACAAGCAAACACCAAGGCUGUACAAGAUCAUUAGUCGGCAAGAAUCCUCUCACCUGGAAGCAGUCUUUAUUGUCAUGGGUGACUUAAAAAAUGUUCUCCAAAAUAUCAUUGUUUCCUCCAAGCUCGACACCAAGCUCAGAGCCCUGGGUCUGGACACCACCCUCUGCAACUGGAACCUGGAACCUGGACUUCUUGAACGGCACUGACUCUAAACACAGGGGUCUCCAGGGGUGUGUCCUCAGCCCUCUGCUGUACUCCCUGUUCACCCAUGACUGCGUGGCUUUGCAUGACACCAACUCCAUCAUCAAGUUUGCUGACGACACCACGGUUGUAGGCCAGAUAACCAACAACGACGAGUCAGCCAAUAGGGAGGAGGUAAGUGAACUGGCAAUGUGUGCCAGGACAACAAUCUCUCCCUCAACGCCAAAAAAACAAAGGAGUUCAUUGUUGACUUCAGGAAGCAGAGGAUGUAACAUGCCCAGAUCCACAUCAAUGGGAUUUCAGUAGAGAGUCAGCAGUUUUAAUAAGUUCCUCGGCACAUCACCGAGGACUUGACAUGGACCAACAACACCACCACUCUUGUGAUGAGGGCGCAACAGCGUCUCUACCUCCUAAGGCUGCUGAAGAAAUUGGCCAUGCCACCCCGUGUCCUCUCCAAAUACUACAGCUUCACCAUCGAGAGCAUCCUGGUAGGUUGCAUCACGGCCUGGUACAGGAAUUGCUCCAUCCAUGACCGCAAGGCCCUCCAGUGGGUGGUCAAGAUGGCCCAGAACAUCACCAUGUUCCCACCCAUUCAGGACAUCUACUCGAAACGGUGCCUGAGGAAGGCCCGCAGCAUCAUCAAGGAACCCCACACACCCCGGCCACAAGCUGUACAAUUCGAGCAUUAGGUCUGAUACCAACACUCAGAGACAGUUUCUAUCUACAAGCCAUCAGACUGCUGAACACUUGAACUGGACUGACCACCUGCUCUGAUUCUCCACACUUUAGCACACACCCACACAGACACACAUACACACACACACACACAUUCAUGCUACACACACAUCACAACUGCUGCUACCAGACUCUUGCCAUGAUUGCUAAAUACUGCAAAAUGUAGACACUUGCCCCCCAAUCCCCCCUUCCCCAAAACACGUGUAAAUAUCAGAAUAUAAAUUGUGCCUUCCUGUAUUAUAAUUAUGUUAAAACGUUUAUUUUAUUCUACUGAGCCAUUUACAUUUACUUUAUGUUCGUAUUCUUAUCUUAUCUUUUCUUAUUUCUUAUUGUUGUUGCUUUGUCGAGAAGUAACCUGCAAGUAAGCAUUUCAUUGGACGUGUAUGCCAUGUGUAUCCCGUACAUACGACUAAUAAAACACACUCACACAAAACCCACACACAUUCACAUACACUACAUAUGCACACACACACACAUAACACAAACACGCAUACCAACACAACACAAACACACAUACACACACACACACAUGGAUACUGGCGAAUGAGUUCAGAGGUUAUUUGUUCAACUUUUUUUCUGGGUGAACAGUAUGGGAUAGUGAAAGCUGCUGAGACGUGGUCACCGGGUCCUUGGAGCAUCUGUGUAAAUGUGUGUUGAGGCGUGGUAUUGUGACUUUUCAUACCCUGCUGUCAGCAGUCCUACCGCCCCUUUAUCCUCUCCUUCCCGAAUCAUUUACAGUAGGCUAAAAUCUACUUUUACUAGUCCAACCUACAGAAUAAACCAACAGCCCACUUCAACUGUAAUAACAUUCUCAGUAACAGUUACAGAAAUAUAUCUUUCUUGCUAUGACUGUAAUAUGCUAUUGUUCAUCUACUGUAAUUGAAUGCACUGACUGUAAUAACUAUUAUUAUUCAUUAAUGAGCUCCGCCCCCAAACAAGUACAAAUUUGGUCGGUCCGGACCAGACCAAAUCUGAACAAAACACAGACGUCUACGCUAUGUUUCACAAGUUUGAACAGCACAGUACAGUAUGGCACAGUUCAGUACAGUAGAGCACAGAAGAGCACAGUAGAGUACAGUAUGGUACGGUACAUUUUAUUCAGUAGAGUAGAGUACAGUACGGUACAGUACAGUACAGUUUAAUUCAGUAGAGUACAGUACAGUACUGUAAAGUAGGGUAAAAUACAGUACAUUAUACUGUACUAUACUCUUCUGUGCUUAGCUGUACUGAAGUAUACUUUACUUUUCUUUACUUUACUGUUCUCUGCUGUACUGUAUCUAAACCAAAGUAGAUUGUUUUAAGAUUGUUUUGUGCUAGGUUAAGAACCUACAAUAUGAGGUCCUAAAUCUAGCAUGAAAGUGCAUCCUUGUAUUUGUGUGGGCUAAUAUAGUCAAAAUGUUAACCUUGGGGUAAGUUGAGCCAAUGGCCACCAUACCUCAUACAAAUGAUUAUUACAUUUUGUCCGUUUUGUUCAUAUGCAUAAAGUUUUUGCAAUGUGUCAUGCAUAUGAACUCAAGAUAGAGCAUUUUUAUUGUUACAGAGCAGACAUCAUCAUGCCCCGUGUAUACAAACAUAAAACAAGCAGGGUCUAGCCGCCCUUGAGGUUCUUGAGAGAGCAGCCAAGGAACUGAGAGACAGAAGGCUCUACAUUGAACCCAAAAGUGUUCUACCUGGAACCAAAAAGGGUUCUUCAAAUGGUUCUCCUAUGGGGACAGCCGAAUAACCGUUUUAGGUUCUAGAUAGUACCUUGUUGUAGCUUCUCUUUCUCAAAGGAACAUGUUUGUUUUCUUUUUUUUGUCAACGUACCUCUUCAGUGUCAUUCAGUCUAUUUAUCCCUUGCUGCUGCUUAAAUUGACUUCUUCCCUUCUCUCACUUCCUUGGCUGCUCUCUCAAGAACCUCAAGGGAGGCUUGACUCGUAACAGCCGAAUAACCAUUUUGGAACUCUUUUUUCUAAGAAUGUAUGAUAGAGUAGCAGAGGCACACAAGGUCUUAGCUGAUGCCAUGGAGUCUGAGCUUGCUAAACAUAUCAAGAAUCUCGCGGACUAGUUUUCAUGGGCUUGGUAGCCUCAAAUGCAGAGAACUUGCCUAUGAAUUGGCACAUUGAAACAACAUCACUGUCCCAGAUAACUGGUCAAGAAAUGGAAGGGUAAGUGAUAUUGAAAAGAGAGAUCUAUGUCUGAAAGUAGGCAUACAUUUAAGAUAUACAAUAUACCACACCCCCAUUCCAUUAAUUAAACUUUGACCUACCAGCACCAUCACCCACUGUCACAUGACACCAUCAGCCACUUACGUCUGUGGAUGUUGAAAACAAGGCCAAUCCAGACCUAAUCUGGACCAAACAUAGAUGUCUAUGAUUGGUUCAGAAAUCAAGGCUGGUUCGGAUCGCACCAAAAAAAGACCCAAAAAAGAUGUCCAGUCAGGACCAAAAAAAGACGUCCAAAUGACGUCAGCGUCAGUCCGUGCUUAGUGGGAGCAUGCUAUUUUUAAGCAAUAAGGUCUGCGGGGGUGUGGUAUAUGGCCAAUAUACCACAGCUAAGGGCUGUUCUUAUGCACGAUGCAACACGGAGUGCCUGGACACAGCCCUUAGCCGUGGUAUAUUGGCCAUAUAUCACAAACCCCUGAGGUGCCUUAUUUAUAUUAUAAACUGGUUACCAAUGUAAUUAGAGCAGUAAAAAUAAAUGUUGUGUCAUACCCGGGGUAUACGAUCUGAUAUAAUGUACCACGGCAAUCAGCCAAUCAGCAUUCAAGGUUCGAACCGCCCAGUUUAUAAUUUAUAAUAAACUCUUUCUAGUUUUGUCAGUCCCGUAAACGCAAUGUGCGGGAUCUUCUUUUCUCUAGACAGUUUUGUCAUGGUCAUGGAAUAAAACUGUUAUUAGUCAUGAAGUAAAACUGGAGUAAUCUGUUUCUAAAAUUGCUAAUGGUCCUCCCACUUCUCCCUCUCCCUCAGGACCCCAGUACGGCAGUGUGGAGAGGGCCUGGGUGGCAGUGAUGACAGAGGCUGAGAAGGUGAGUGAGCUGCAUCAGGAUGUGAAGAACAGCCUGGUCAACAAUGACUUUGAGAAGGUGAAGAACUGGCAGAAGGACUCCUACCACAAGCAGAUGAUGGGAGGCUUCAAGGAAACCAAAGAGGCAGAGGAGGGCUUCAAGAAGGCCCAGAAACCAUGGGCCAAGAAGCUCAAGGAGGUGAGGGGCAACCACCUGACCUGCACUUAGAAUUAUGAAACAUUUUCCCAAAUUGAGCUGUCAUUGACGUAGAGUUCCGGAUCAGAACAUGCACCACGAUCUGCUGUAACCUUUAAGUAGUUUGCAUUCAAAUGAUAUCCCCAAAGGGUUCAUGUCCUUCUAAAAUAUACCAUAUCGUCUCUCCUCAGCUUGAGACUGCCAAGAAGACGUACCACCUGGCAUGUAAGGAGGAGAAGGUAGCAUCCAUCAGAGAGGCCAACAGCAAGGCAGAUGCCUCAGUCACGGCCGACCAGCAGAAGAAGCUCCUGGACAAGGUGGACAGGUGCAAGCAGGAUUCUCAGAAGGUGAGCUACCCAGACCCCUACUGACCAGAUCAGGGUGUAAGAGCUUACUUCCACCACCAAUGCAUAGCAGUAGCACCCACCUGGCUGAUACACGACAGCCAUUUUGUGCCGGAACGCUGAUUACCACACAUUAUCACAGAGUCCUUUCUGCUAAUCAGUUCUCACACUGAGAGCUGCAAUCAAGGCAAGAGGAGAGGUGAAUCAAAUCAACUCCAGCUAUUUUAAGACUCUUCUGGGUCACACACUGCAGAUCUUAAUCCUGCAGGUGCCACCCUCCACUGCUCAAAACUCCUCUUCCUCCUCCUUCUGUUAGGGAGGCCUCUCAUCCCAUUGCCAUUAGUAGUUCCAGGAGUUUUUCUUGACCAUGCAUCCUGACCAGUUAAAGAUCUAUGCCCAGUGAUUACCUAUUUAUUAGUAUAGUGUACUUUACUCUGCUGAGCCCACUGGGAUGAUAUCACAGCCUUGCUACCCCUUGACCCACUCAAACCAUGACAUAUGUUCAAUAAUACUGUCUUAGAACUACUUAGAGGACCACUAAUUAUCAUUCAACCUUGGUCAACUUCAAUCACUACCACUUCUCAGUAACCUCAAGCCUCUAAAGACCUUGCUAUGCAGAAGCAAAAAAAUCUAACCAACUAGAAAAAGAAAAGUCACUGUAACGUUUAGAAUUUUGACUUUAAAAUACACGUUAUGAAAGGUCUCUGAAACAUUAAAACAUUACAAAUAUUAAACCCAUUUUGCAGGGGUCAACUCUGAACUGUACAGCCUGUGUAGAUGUUUAUCCCUUAGAUGUUAUUAACAUACUGUGUGAUCUUCCCCAUGCAGGCUAAAGAGAAGUAUGAGAAGACUCUGGAUGAGCUGAGGAAGUGUACGCCUCAGUACAUGGAGAACAUGGAGACAGUGUUUGACAUGUGUCAGCAGUUUGAGGAUAAGAGACUGUGCUUCCUCAGGGAGGUGCUGUUGGACAUCAAACGACACCUCAACCUCACCGAGAACCAAAGGUAGGGCCAAACUCACACACACAUGCACGCACGCACACACACUCCUUGGCCCACCACCUGGGCACCACCAUAAUAGUACACUGAGUCAAGAUGAAUGUGUCAGAACAGAGGUGUAACUGCUAUCUAUCUCUAUCUGUCUUCAGCUACACCACAGUGUACAGAGACCUGGAGCGCACCAUCACCUCUGCCAGCGCACAGGAGGACCUGAAGUGGUUCAGCAACAACCACGGCCCUGGCAUGCAUAUGAACUGGCCCCAGUUUGAGGUACACAACCACUGCUUCCCAGUUAGGCUCACAAUACAUGUGUUUAAUUGUUCGCUUUCAACUCAUGGUAUGAAUUAAUUUUAAUUCACUUCCCCCAUUGACUGAAUAGGAAAAAUUAGGCAUUGACUCGUAACUAUGGCUUGCUCCCUGUCUUCCUUCCUUCCUUCCUUCCUUCCUUCCUUCCUUCCUUCCUUCCUUCCUUCCUUCCUUCCUUCCUUCCUUCCUUCCUUCCUUCCUUCCUUCCUUCCUUCCUUCCUUCCUUCCUUCCUUCCUUCCUUCCUUCCUUCCUUCCUUCCUUCCUUCCUUCCUUCCUUCCUUCCUUCCUUCCUUCCUUCCUUCCUUCCUUCCUUCCUUCCUACCUUCCUUCCUUCCUUCCUUCCUUCCUUCCUUCCUCCCUCCCUUCCUUCCUUCCUUCCUUCCUUCCUUCCUUCCUUCCUUCCUUCCUUCCUUCCUUCCUUCCUUCCUUCCUUCCUUCCUUCCUUCCUUCCUUCCUUCCUUCCUUCCUUCCUUCCUUCCUCCCUUCCUUCCUUCCUUCCUUCCUUCCUUCCUUCCAGGAGUACAACCCAGAGAUCACUCACAUGAUCAGCAAACGAGAGAAGUCAAAGAAAGGGGCAGACGGUAUCAUGCUGACCAACGUGACAGCGGCACCGGACUAUGUGGCUGCACCAGCUGGAGACAGGGGCAGGUAGGUCUCACAGACACCUCCACCACUACGGUUACCUUCUGUAGUACAACAGACAUGCCUCUAACAUGUAGAAUAACUGUGUGUCAUCACAGAGACCAUUUUCAUCUUUUAUCAAUACUAACAGCAGAAUUGAUCUCAAAACAUCUAUUUUUACAAUGUAAUUGGCAUUGUGCAAUAGUAAGUAAGUAAGUCUUGGACAAGCAAGCCUUGUCCGAGCCAGAAUGGCCCAUAUGUGCAAUAGUCAAUUGUGCAAUAGGCAAUGUAUGAAUUCUGUGUAUGAGAUGUUAUAUCUGUUGUUUGCUCGAGACCAUUUCCACUUGUAUUGUGGGCUAUAACAUUUAUCUUAUCUUGUCUUAUCGGAUGUCCUUAUCUGAUGUCCAGGAGAUGGCAGUAAUGAUUUAUGUGGAUGUAAAGUUAACAGUUCAGAAAUACAAAGCACCAAUGUUAUCACAAGCUACAGUAUCAAUAACUCGAUAUGAAAUAUCACAGUUGUGCUUGGUAAUAUCUCCACAAGGGCUGUUUAGUGGCCAGAAGAUGAUGUCAAGCCAGUUGUUUUUGUAUUGUCAGGAUGAUCAUAGCAGAACAGAGAAGUGUUGCAUGUUUUCUCGUGCUGGGUCAACAUGAAUGUAGGAGACAUUAAAGGACAAUGGACGUGAAACAUCUAGUUUGUGUCUCCAAUUCACUCACCUUGGUUCGACUGGAAGGUAGCAACAGCCCUUUCUCCUCUGUGCUGGUCACAUGAUGACCAUGAUGAUGGAUAGUGGUCCUAGUUACUGGAGGAAACUUGUGGUCAACUGUUCUGCAACUGAACAAUGAUGAUGAUGAUGAUGGUCCAUGAUGUUAAACCAUCUCCUCCACAGUGUGAGCAGCUCUGAUAAGAACCAGGCCUAUUCCUCCCAGGACCAGUCGGCAGAGUGGUCAGACGAUGAGCAGGCCGCGCCAAACUCCGGCUCAGACACCAACGGGGGUGGGGCCAACCCCUUUGAGGAGGAGUCAGCGAAGGGUGUGCGGGUGAGGGCGCUGUACGACUAUGACGGGCAGGAACAGGACGAACUCACCUUUAAAGCAGGUGAGAAUCCCAACGAGAACUAACAACUCUAUUUGGUUGUUUGGUUGUGAUUCUGUGUUUAUUGUCAUGUUGCGAUGUCUAUCUUUUUAAAAUGUAAUGCCACAAAUAAAUGUCCCAUUUGGGACAAUAAAGUUACUACUACUACUACUAAGAACUGAACCUUUUAGAAACAGAACAUGUUGAUUGGGUACUCUAAGAAAUACACUAAAUUGUGCACUGACCUUUUCAAAUAUAUUUGUUUUGUUAUUUAUUUUAUAUAUGAUUUCAAACAAAUAAUCGAACUAACCCACAGUAGGAUAAAAGGUUUCCAGAGAUAAAAAUGAGUUUUUUUUGUCUCAUUACCUUUUUCAUCCCAAAAAGACAACAAACAAUAGCAACACCCACGGCCCUGGCAUGCAUAUGAACUGGCACCAGUUUGAGGUAUAGUUUGCAAAAAGUCAUCAAUGUACACAUCUCAAAUUUAACCCAGAUUUCAACCAAAAAUCAACAACAGAGUUUCAAGGUUUGGUUGAUUUCAAACAGAAUUGUAAUUGAAUUCAUUUUUGUUGAUAACUCAAUCAAAUAUCAAUCAAAAUUGUAUGUCAAUAUGAUGUCUCUUUCUACCUUCCCUUCCUCUCUUUCUCUCUCUCGCUCCCUCCUUCUCUCUAUCUCUCUCUCUCUCUCUCUCUCUCUCUCUCUCUCUCUCUCUCUCUCUCUCUCUCUCUCUCUCUCUCUCUCUCUCUCUCUCUCUCUCUCUCUCUCUCUCUCUCUCUCUCUCUCUCUCCUUCCUUUCUCACAGGAGAUGAGCUGACUAAACUAGAAGAUGAGGAUGACCAGGGUUGGUGUAAAGGCCGGUUGGACAGUGGCCAGUUGGGCUUAUAUCCUGCUAAUUAUGUGGAGCCCAUCUAG